AUGCAGCUCCCUCGCUCCCUCGCCCUCGCCCUCUCCCUGUGGGGCCUCGCACUGGGCGCCGUCGCCACCACCGCCUCGCCCCUCGCCACGCGCCAGGCUCCCGCCGCCGCUGCCGACGACCCGACGACGACCGUCAGCUCGCUCAACUGCGCGCCCAAAGACGGCUGCACCAACCUGGGCAACUCGCUCGACCCGCUCGACCCGGCCGCCAUCGCAAACGACCCCGUCGUCCGCCUCCGCAACGGCUCCUAUGCCGGCGUCCGCCUCGAGACGGUCGAUGCACAGGCCACGCUCUCCAGGUUUGGCAUCAAGCAUGGCGCCCAGGACCUCUUCCUCGGCAUGCCCUUCGCCCAACAGCCCACGGGCGACCGCCGCUUCAGGCGUCCGCAGCGCCUCGCCGCCAACCACACCUGGCAGGGCGUCCGCAGCGCAAAGAGCUACUCGCCCGCCUGCUACACGGUCGGCAUCGACAACGACUUUGCGCCCCCCUUUGUCACCUACCGCGCCGGCGAAGACUGCCUCACCGUCAACGUCGUCCGACCGGCCAGCGCCAGCGCCAGCGACGCCAACAAGGGCAAGCUGCCCGUCUUUGUCUGGAUCUACGGCGGCGGCUUCAACAUGGGCUCAUCGGCAGACCAGCGCUACAACGGCUCGUUCCUCGUCGACCAGUCGGUGGGCAUGGGCAAGCCCAUAAUCUUUGUCUCGCUCAACUACCGCACCGGCGCCCUCGGCUUCCCCGUCGGCGACGUGGCCGACAGGGAGCGCAUCACCAACCUCGGCCUGUACGAUCAGCGCGUCGCCCUGCACUGGAUCCGCGACAAUAUCCCCGCGUUUGGCGGCGAUCCCGAUGCCAUCACCAUCGCCGGAGAGUCGGCCGGCGGCGCAAGCAUGCUCUUCCACAACACGGCGUACCGCGGCCGCGACGAUGGCCUCUUCUCGCGCACCAUCGCUCAGAGCUCCUACUACGCCACCCAGCCGCGCUCGCAGUUCUACACUGACCAGCUCAACGGCUUCUGGACCAACUAUACCCAGGCAGCCGGAUGCGCGCGCGACGACCUCGACUGCCUCCGCCGCCUGCCGCUCGGCGACCUGGCCAAGGUCUCGUUGAGCCCGGCGUACUCGUUCCCGGCUGCGCUGUGGAACCCGCAGGUGGACGGGGAACUGGUGGCCAAGGACCUGCAGAGGUCGUUCCUCGACGGCGACUUUGUCAAGGGCAAGCCCAUCAUCCUGCACAACAACAUCAACGAGGGCCUGUCGUUUGGCGUGCGCGGCGUCAACACGUCGCAGCAGAUCAUCGACGCCAUCAUCGACAAGAACGGCCUCGGUGGCGACGACCGCUUCACCAAGGCGGCGCAAAUGGCACUCCUCGAGGCGUACCCUGACGAGGAAGGGCUGUGGCCGCCGUACCAGGCGGGCGACGGCCUGCUGAGCCUUUCGGGCCGCCAGGACCGCCGGUCGUGCGCCAUCUUUGGCGACCUGCGCAUGGUGGCCCCGCGGCGCGAGGUGGCCGAGCUGCUGUCGUCGCCCCAGUCGGGCGCCGGCAACGUCUACGUCAGCCGCUUCGACCAGGCGCAGUAUAAUGCCACCAUUGACGGCGUCGCGCAGCACUUUGCCGAGGUCUGCUACGUCUUCCGCAACCCGCUAGCCACGCAGAACGCCUUGGGUCCCGCCCGGCGCGACAUCGACCUGGCCGACGAGAUGGCGGGCUACUGGAUCUCAUUUGUGACGACGGGCGACCCCAACGCCGUCAAGGGCCGGCAGGGCGCUGAUGGCGGCGGCGGUGCGGCGGCGGCGACGCGCCCGCAGUGGCCGCGCUACGACGCCGGUGGCAAAAAGCACCUGCGGUUCAAGAACAGCCCGACGGGAGAGCGCACCGAGGUGGUCAAGGACAGCUACCGCCCCGAGGGGAUCCGCAUGCUCAACGAGGUGCGCGCCGGCACCUGGAAGCCCAAGUCGAAGCGCGAGGAGCUGUAG